AUAACAACAACAACUACUACUACUACUACUACUACUACUACUACUACUACUACUACUACUCCUCCUCCUAUUAUAACAACAACUAGUACUCCUACUACUACUUCUACAACAACAACAUCUACUACUCCUAGUACAACAACAACUAUUACUAUUACUACUACUACUACUCUCAUUCCUACAAAUUUAUUAGAAAUAACAAGAAAAACAUCAAUAAACUCGAAAAUAUACAAAAAUUUUAACCACUUAUUUGACAUACCUAUCCCAGCACACAAUGUAAGUGCUGAUCAAAUCAGUGAUAUGAUUAACAUAACGCUUUGUUGGGCUGAAGCCGAGUUCCCGGUGACCAUCAAAAUCUUAAAUGAAGUGAAAAACAUGAGUAGUGAYCAAAUCAAAGCCAUACCGGGCGCUGAACCCUUCAUUAAGAUAUUGAAUCACGUGUUUCGGUCCCAUAUGUUUAGACAAAUGCAAACUCAUAACAAUACUUAUUUUACGACUACAAACAAAAUAGUAUACAAUACACUCAAUGAACUCAAUUUAACCAAUUUUGAUAUACCGGUGACCAACUUAGGUUGGGUACCAAAUAAAGCACUCAAUAAUACAUAUGUAAAAACUUUAGCCGAAACGGCGCUCAUUUGCCGCGAAAAUGAGAUGCCUUUUGUUGAGGCGGUGCUAACGCUCACCAAAAAUAUAUCAUAUCUUAUGUUUGAUAACUUAAAGAGGUUUACAAAUGACUUACAAUGGCAUCAAUUGACUAAUCACACGGUUCUCCAUGAUUUGGGUCGAAAUAUUUCUAGAGAAAUAUUACCUAAAAUUAAAAAGUCGUUUAAUUUCACGGGAUAUAAGAUAAUGAAUGCAAGUAUUGGAGCUUUAGUUAACUUUACGAAACAUGAAAUUAAAGAUUUGAAGAACUAUCGGAUCAAUUUGAAACAAAUUGUUAACAACUCUAUUGUUGAGAUACUUAACAACACUAAAAAUAUGAUCUCCAAUGGAUUCGACCGGGCAGUCAAUUUGGGAAAUACAUCAAUCAAUAUGAUUAGAGACCAAAUUAGUGAUAUUAUAGAUCACACAAGCAAUUUGCCCGGUAUUACAAUAAAUAUGACAACAGAUUUUGAUGGUGCUCUCAAUGAACUGGGCAAUCGAGUGGCUAACCUAUCUAACAAUGCAUUGAAUCGUAUAGGAAAUUUGACCAAUUUGACACUAAAUACAUCACUGUCCUAUUUUGAUGAUUUYAAUUAUGCCAAAAAUAAGGCCUACAAUUUGACUUACGAUGUGUUUAUCAAUGUGACCGCAAUKAAUAUCAAUCUAAUGUUGAGUACAAUGAGAAACCUGAUGAACGUAACGGCAAUCACCUGUAAAUAUUCACCGCUUCGGUUGACACAGUUUUCCAGUUUUCAGUCUCUACUCAGUAAUGUCACUCAAGAUGUAAGACAACAGUUGCCUGACAUUAGGUCUACACUGUCAUCGGUAGGCGACUCCAUAUCCACUUUGUUUAAUCACAAUGAGUUGCGAUCAACUGUCGGAGAUUUUUUCAAAUCAUAUUUACCUUUUUAUAGAUGA